UUUAUACCAGACCAUUUAACGAUGGCCCAUUACAAGUUCAAAUGCAGGCUCAGCUCAGUAGAGAGCAAUCGCAGCGCAUCUGCGCAUGUCCAUCCCGCAAAAAAAAACCCUAAUCUCGAUCUCAACUUCCUCACCGGCGGCGAAAUUCAGAGCCGGCGCAGGGGGAGGAGCCCGAGUCCUCAACAUGAGCGCACACACCGUCGACGGCACACCGGCCGAGGGAGACGUCUCUGGAGCGAAGUCAAGACCGAGGAGGGGAAGAAAGCCCUCUCCCUCGCCAAUCAGAGCGGGCUAGAUGCCGUGGAAAGGGAGAAGGCUGUGUCCCUCGCCGUCCGUAGCGGGCUAAAAGCCGAGGUGGCCGUCUACCUCGCCGUCCGGGGCGGGCUCGAGGCCGAGCAGGUGAAUAAACUCCUCAAUGACGUCGUUCAGCGCGGGCUCGAGGCCGAUGAGGCGGAGAAGAUCCUCUACCUCGCCGUCCGGAGCGGGCUAAAUCCCGAGGAGACCCUCUCCGUCGCCAUCCGCACAGGGCUGAAGACUGAGGAAGAGAUCUACGCUGUCCUCCUGAAGAAGCUACUCGCCGCCUUGUAUGAGCCAGAGGAGGACCCCGAGCUGGAUGAGUGGGUGCGUCCCACCAGGAAGAAAAACUCCCCAAAAUUCCCCUUCUUCCUCUUCAAGAUGAAGGCAUCCGCCAAGAAGGCGCAAGUCUCGUGGUGGCGCAAGAAGUACGACAUCUUCCCUCCCGAGCGACCUGGAUACAACUACGCUGGGCGCGUCUUGCGCCUCGUGAUCGGACCAGACGGGUUUAAUCUCGAAGGGCCAGGUGAUGGCGGGCAGCCGGGAGCUCUCUCCUUCCACACCGACGUGCGCUACAUGGGGUGGCCGCGUCCCAAAGAAGGCAUCUUCAUGGAGGGCUCCUCUGUGCCGCUAAGGGAGGUUGCCGUUAUCAAGAGGCUGCCUGCCGGCGACGGGAUCGCAAUUAUGUCCUACGUGGAAGGACUUGGUGUUAAGCUGGGUGAUAUUCUCUUUGUGUUGCACUGCUGGUCUGUCACCGUGGCCCUCAGCUUCACCGAAAAAUCGUUCUAUGUCUCUGACAAGUUUAAGGAGGAACCACUGUAUGCAAGGGAAGGUCUCGAUUUCAUAGACAUUACCGUUCCCGUGGAGAACCUGAUCAGGAAGCUUUACAUGAUGUAUGAGCUAGAGGAGCAAGAUAAAAGGAAAAUGCAGGAGAAGCAAAAUCAUGUGGCGACAGCAGGGAAUCUGAUGUGCCAGCAAGAGGAACUGAGGAAGCUGGAGCAGGAGAAACGGGAAGUCUUGAAGCAGAAAAGGGAAGAGACAAAGAAAUAUAAGUCCAUGCGAGAGGAAAUGAAGAAGAUGUUUCGAAAACCAAUCACCGAAGAAGAACUAGAAGCACUCCGGCAGUCCAAAGGCAGAAGAAGGACGAUAAAAAGAAGUAUUCCAUACGAGGCAGAAUCUGAUUGGGUGAACCUAUUUGAAGAGGAGCCACGCCAAGGUGAUGGAAGUUGCAACGGGUCACUUGAGAAUUCUAUGGAGCCUAUAUUAUAGAUUGAUCGGCUUAAACUUGGUGGAGGUGGAAGCCGGACAAGUAAUGGAAUAGCCGCAUGACAUGACAGGAGGUCAUGAAGGUGCAACUUUUCUUACUAUAGCUAUGUUAUUGGACUUACUGCUUAAUACAACACUUCCAAUCCAGUAGCGAUAAUAUGGGAUAAGACUUGAGAUGAUAUGCCCUGAAUAUGUCAUGUUUCACCCAUUAGUGUUAACCGUGAAAAAAAUGUCUACCUCAUUCAUAAGAAAGUAAGCCAUUUAAAUUUAAUUCUAAAAAAUCCAGUGAACAACAACAAAAGAGAGCAGCCACUACAAAAAAAAAUGCAGCUAAUGCAUAGGAGAACAGAUAUUUUGCAACCCUGGGUCGGAUGUUUAAAUCAUUAAUUUCCUUCCAUUUCUUGAUCUGUUUCCCUCUAGCACCUGUUAGUUAUUACUGAUGAACACGCUUGUGAAUUAUGAUAUCUGACUUGUAGUUCUAACAUUUUCUUUAAUGAAAGUUUCAGUUCAGAAUUUUUGGAGCUUUGUGAAUUACAAUAUGUUCUACUUGAGAGUUUCAAAUCAAUAUGUUCGACCUAGGUGGAGGUCGAGGCAGGGCAAGCAAGGGAACAGUCGUGUGACAGAAGGUCAUGAAGGUUCAAUUUUUCUUAUUGUAGCUCUGGUGUUGGACUUAUACUGCUUAAUCCUCUCAUAAGGCAUGCCUGUAAAGUAGACAAUAAUACAAAUCCACGGCAGAUUAUAUCGGGUAGUGUAAUAUGCUCCUGUAUAUGCCCUGUUUCACCCAUUAGUGUAAAAGAAUGUUAACCUCAUUCAUAAGAAAGUAAGGCAUUCAAAGUUAAUUAUAAGAACAACCAGUGAUAAACAAUAAAAGAGUGUAGCCACUACCAAAAAUGCAACUAAUGCAUAGAAGGAGAACAAAUAUUUUGCAACCCUGGGUUGGAUAUUUAAAUCUUUAAUUCAUUUCUUUAUCUGUUUUCCUUUAGAACCUGCUGGUUAUUACUGAUUGACUCACUUACUUCGUGCAAUGGUGAUGCAAGGGCUGCUCUCGGUUUCAUAGACAUCACCGUUACUGUGGAGAAUCCAAUCAGGGAGCUUUACGUGAUGCAUGAGCUAGAAGAGGAAGCUAAAAGAAAAAUGCAUUAGAACCAAAAUCAUCUGGUGACAGGGGAGCUGAUGUCCAGUGAAAGGAGCUGGGUUCCAGCUAGAGAAGUUGGAGCAGAAUAAUCGGCAAGUCUUGCCGAAGAAAAGGGUCAACACAGAAAUAUAAGAACAUGCGAGAGAAAAUGAAGAAGAUGGUUCGGGAAGCAAACACCGAAGAAAAACAAGGGCACCAUGAUGAAUAUGGAUAAGUGUGCUUUGCUGCGCUAGAGCCUUGUGUUAUGGAGGACAUGUCUCAUCUCUUGAUAAUAGAAUGAGUUAAUAACACUGUGCAUACAUAAACUUGUCUAUUAUGUGCAAAUUCAUACAUAAACUUGUAAGCGGUGAUAAACUGGUCCAUUAACUUGUGAUGGAUGUGC